GGAUUUGGCUUCUGUGCAAUUAGCCGGAGCUCCGAACAGAUGGGAGGUCUUGUCUGCAGCUCCUACCACUAUAAAGGAUGAAGCUGGAUCAGAUUCGUCGAAUGGUACAGUGUCUAACGUACAGUACCAGGUAAUACCCCAGAUCCAGACAGCGGAUGGUCAGCAGGUUCAACUUGGCUUUGCAGCCUCUUCUGAUAAUAGCAGUAUAAAUCAAGAAACUGGUCAAAUUCAGAUCAUUCCUGGCUCGAAUCAAACCAUCAUUGCCUCUGGAACAUCUUCAGCUAAUAUUCAGAAUAUCUUAUCUGGUCAGUCUGGUCAAGUCCAGGUUCAGGGAGUUGCCAUUGGUGGUUCGUCUUACCCUGGCCAAGCACAAGUGGUUGCUAACGUCCCUCUUGGACUGCCAGGAAAUAUUACUUUUGUACCCAUUAAUAGUGUUGAUCUAGAUUCUCUGGGACUUGGCAGUGGUUCUCAAACCAUGACAGCAGGCAUUAAUGCAGAUGGGCACUUGAUAAAUACUGGACAGGCCAUGGAUAGUUCAGAUACUUCUGAAAGGACUGGUGAGCAAGUUUCUCCUGAAAUUACAGAAACUGCCACUGAUAAUGACUUAUUUGUGCCAACGUCAUCUUCAUCACAAUUGCCCGUUACCAUAGACAGUUCAAGUAUAUUGGAACAAAAUGCAAAUGACUUGACCACAACUAGUGGUCAAGUUCAUGGUUCUGAUCUUCAGGGAAAUUACAUCCAGACGUCAGUCUCUGAUGACACACAGGCUCAGAAUAUUCAGGUCUCCACAGCACAGCCAAUUGUACAACACAUACAGCUACAAGAGUCGCAGCAGCCAACCAGUCAAGCCCAGAUUGUACAAGGUAUUGCGCAACAGACAAUCCAUGGUGUUCAAGCAAGUCAAAGUAUAUCUCAACAGGCUCUUCAAAAUCUUCAACUGCAGCUGAAUCCUGGAACUUUCUUAAUUCAGGCACAAACAGUGACCCCUUCUGGGCAGAUAACCUGGCAAACAUUUCAAGUGCAAGGAGUUCAAAACUUGCAGAACUUGCAAAUUCAGAAUGCACCUGGUCAACAAAUAACUCUGACGCCUGUGCAGACUCUCACCCUUGGUCAAGUUGCAGCCGGUGGUGCGUUGACAUCCACUCCAGUUAGUCUAAGCACUGCUCAAUUGCCAAAUCUACAGACAGUCACAGUAAACUCCAUAGAUUCUGCUGGUAUUCAGCUGCAUCAAGGAGAAAAUGCUGGAAGUCCUGCAGAUAUUAGAAUUAAAGAAGAGGAUCCUGAUCCAGAAGAGUGGCAGCUCAGUGGUGAUUCUACACUGAAUGCUAAUGAUCUAACACAUUUGAGAGUACAGGUUGUAGAUGAGGAAGGGGACCAACCGCAUCAGGAGGGAAAAAGACUGCGACGAGUAGCAUGUACAUGUCCCAACUGCAAAGAGGGUGGUGGAAGAGGCUCCAACUUGGGAAAAAAGAAGCAACACAUUUGUCACAUACCAGGAUGUGGCAAAGUAUAUGGGAAGACUUCGCAUUUGCGAGCUCAUCUCCGCUGGCAUUCUGGAGAGCGUCCGUUUGUUUGUAACUGGAUGUUCUGUGGCAAGAGGUUCACCCGCAGCGAUGAGCUCCAGCGACACCGAAGGACGCACACAGGUGAGAAAAAAUUUGUCUGUCCAGAAUGUUCAAAACGCUUUAUGAGAAGUGACCAUCUUGCCAAACACAUUAAAACACAUCAGAAUAAAAAAGGUAUUCACUCUAGCAGUACAGUGCUGGCAUCAGUAGAAGCAACAUCUGAUGAUACUUUGAUUACUGCAGGAGGAACAACACUUAUCCUUGCAAAUAUUCAACAAGGUUCUGUUUCAGGAAUAGGAACUGUUAAUACAUCUGGCACCAGCAAUCAGGAUAUUCUUACCAACACUGAAAUACCUUUACAGCUUGUCACAGUUUCGGGAAACGAGACAAUGGAGUAAAUAUUACACAAGAUACCUAUUAAUUGUGGUUAUUUUUAUACAGUAGUGAGAAGAAUAUUGUUCCUAAGUUCUUAGAUAUCUUUUUAUUGAUGUGCAAAAAUUUUUGGAUUGACAGUAACUUGGUUAUACAUGACACUGAAAUGCCUUACUUUGUAUGAUAUUCCAUAGUAUAUUAAAAUGGUAAAAUUGCAUGGGUUUUGUAGGUACUUUUGGAAUCUAGAAGAGAAGAAAUUUUACCAAGUUAUAUUAAAAAAAAAAAAAAAAGAAUUUAACGAUGGAAAUGGUAGUCUAACCAAAUGCAUCAAUCCUGUGUGGUUUAGUGUACAAAAAAUGAGAACAUGUUGGUAUUUAUCUAUUGUAAGAUAAAAGAAGUUGAUGGGUGAAAAGAAAUCACAUUAUGAUAAAAGAAAUUUUGUAAUUUUCUUGAUGACUGGAAUUUUUAUUAUGCAUAACUGACAAAUCAAGUUUCCAAGCAAAUGUUACAUAGUGUAGGCUUUACUUAGCUCAUCAACUUGUCAUUUUGAAGCUAAUUAUUUUAAUUAGGUUAACUAUGUACAAUAUUUUAAGCAUUACUCUUGUAAGAUUUUGCAAACUACAUUUUAACAUGGAACUCUAGGGAUAGUCACCUUUUAAAUCCUAUUGAAAAGCCAUGUUUAAGAUUUAAUUUGCCAAAAUGAUGUCUUGUUAAUAUUCUUUCAAUAACCAAGGUGGGCAAUAUAACCAAUGUUUAAAAAGCUUAAAAUGUUAAGAAAAAUAAAUAUGUAUAGGUUGAAGCAUUUGGGUGGUAAGGCAGAUGUUAUAGUGAGGUAUAUCCCUUCUUUUGAACAUUGGAGGACCAAAAAUAAGGUGUAUUGUGUCUCAGCAGUGAUUUUUAUCAAAUCUUUUUCCAAAAAAACAUCUGUAUGCCAGGGCCUUAAAAGCCAUCAUGUAAAUUACCAGUAAAAUAUAACAUAUGCAAAUACAAAAGAAAAAUCACUUCCAUAUUGACAGUACUCCCAAACAUAUGGAUAUAGUCAUAGUGAACUAGGGGGGUUAUGAGGUUUUUAUUUGUUUGUUGUUUAGUUUUUGGUUAGUCAAUCUGCAUUUAAAUAUCAGCCAUCUUUCCUUUUUUGCUUCUUCCCUUAAAAAUUGUAUGUAUCCAGUACAUUUAACUGAUAAACAUAUAUGUUUUUUAUUAUGCUGAAUUUUCUUUUUAUUUUUUAAUUACUGUUUAUAUUUUCAAUUAUAGAAAAUGUACAAAAUGAAGUUAUAUAGCCAGUCUGUAAGUGCUAUACCAUUUUCAAAAAAUGUACAACAAUAAUUACUGCAGUUCACCUAUUUACAAACAUUUGGAAAUCUGUUCAUUUGUUAUUCUUAAAACCACCUCAAAUUUAAAGGCUACCUUAUUGUACGUUUAAAGUGUAUUAUAACAGUGUGGUAGUU